AUGGUCACACCGAAAAUCCAGCAAUUCCUUUAUGUAAACUCUUCAGCCAUUGCUCACCUGUCUGUGAAUUUGCUUAGCCUCAGAGUCUUCUCAGCACUGACCAGCUGUGGUACCACAGUGUUCCUGUUUCAGGGGGCCGUGGUGAAGGCAAGAGUGUUUGGGGUGAGCUGUCUGACUUGGCGGUGUUUGUCUUCCUUGCAGGCGAUUUUAGUGAAUAAUAUCACCACAGGCGAGAGGCUCAUCAGAGAACUGCAAGACCAGCUGAAGGCUCUGCAGAGGAGUUAUGGCAUCCUGCAGCAGGACAUCUUUCAGUUCCAGAAGAACCAGUCCAGCAUGGAGAUGAAGUUCACCUAUGACCUGAGCCGGUGUGUUAACCGGAUGAAAGAGGUGAAGGAACAGUGUGAAGAACGGGUGGAAGAGACGACCAGAAAGAGAAAUGAAGCAGUGGUUUCCAGAGAUGCGGGUGAAAGAAAUGACCAGCCUCAGCAGGACCUCAAGCCUCAGCCCAAGCUUCAGCAAAUGGUCCCGCCAAAGGAACAGGUGCCACAAGGGAAAGGGGAUGUGCCCACAAACAAGUCCCAGGCACCAGCCCCCAGUUCAGAGGUGUUGAAACCACAUAAACAGAAUGAGGAAGCCAGUGAGGUUCAGGGUGGCAGUGAGAAGCACGGUCUGGGACCACAGAAGGCAUCAGUCCAAGAACUGGCCCCCGUGAAUGGCACAGUUGUAGGAGCUGGGAAACUUCAGACCACACAAGUGCCAGUUGACUUGUUGGCCAGGCCUCAGAAGGAUUCUCAGGACCCUGAGCGGGACCAGCUUGUCAUCCAAGGGCGGGAGAAGCAGCAUCCUGCUGAAGAGAGGGACCAGCAGAACCUGGGCGAUGAAUAUAACAUGGAUGAAAAUGAAGCAGAGUCUGAGAGAGACAAGCAGGCAGUCCUUGCAGGGAACGACAGAGAUACAUAUGUUUUUAAUGCUGACGAUCAGAAGAGAGGCCCAAUAAAUUUAUCCAAUGGGGAUGAAAAGCAGCAGAGUCUCAUCCAGAAUCAAGUAGAAGUCCAUAUUCCUCAACAGGCCUGAACAGAGAUCCUACGAAGACUCAACUGUGAAAUGGACAAAGUAAAAUGGGCAUUGGCUGAUGAUUACUAUGGGGUCUAAUCAGUACAUUUUAGCGAAGAACAAUGGGACUGUCUCAGACAGUUUGGGGCUUCUUUUAAAGAGUCUACAAAGGAUGUCAAAAUUGGUUAAGCUUUCUUCACAGGUAUUUCUGGAGCAAGUUGGGCAACACUGAAAAGAGAAAAGAGGUGGUCCUGUAUGGGGCAGCAGAACCUCAUCAUUCUGCAGUGUAAGACAGAGCAGCCUGUAGGCCAGCUUCUCCCCCUUUUUGUGCUGCUGCUUGCCCGUGUCUGUUCACUGGUACCAAGAAUGGCUCAUCUCUCCUGUACAUACUUGAUUCUAUUAUUGAUGGCCUAGAGCUCUCACUGUCAGCAUAAACACCACUGGUCAGUUUGGACAAAUCUCAAUACAAAGCUGUUCUGUGCAAGCAGCAAAUAGAGACAGCCACAACACCUGGUUAACUCUAGGACUCAGAAGGCUGGAGCAGGAAGACUGCUAUAGGUUCUGGGACAGCCUGAGCUACAUAGUAAAUUCAAGUCAGGUUGGGCAAGAAGGUAAGACCUGUCUCAAAACACCAAUCAAGGGCUUUCUUUCUUUCUUUCUUUCUUUCUUUCUUUCUUUCUUUCUUUCUUUCUUUCUUUCUUAAAGACUACUGGUUUGAACAACCUGUUAUUCUUUUGAUGUUCAGAACAUUAUUAAGUUACUCAAUGUGAGUACCUAUGGUCUCUACCUUGCUUUCUGUUUGAGUGGGCAAAGGGAAAUCUCUAGUAAGGCACUGCCCCUCACCAGCCAAGGCUGGACUGGGCUCUGGACAACAGCUGCAUGGGCAGCCAAGACGCUGGGGGAGCAUCGCAAGGACAGAGGCCCAGGGACUUGUGUUGCCAAGGUAGUCCAGGAAGAAGGGCUGGCUGCUGUGGGAUACCCAGGUUAAAGUUGGGGACGCCUACAAAGGGAAGAGAAACACACCAGCAGCCUUGUUCUCUGUAGUUUAUGUGUGGUUUGAAAAACGCACAGGCUUCAUGUAGUUCACAAAACCUGCUCAGUGGGUUCUAACCAGUUGCAGCUUGACUGCAUCACCCCGAGGACUCCUGCUUCCCGUGAAGCUCUCUCAAGAGGGAGGCACUUCUCAGGGUUUGAGGUCAUCUGCUGUUAAACAGAAACUGCCCAUGUUGCACCUGACCCAAGCUGACAGUACUGGAUAACGCCUAGUGCCUUCUGGGGCUGGCUAAAAAAAAAUCCUGCGGUCUAAGUGGAAGCCCAGGUGGUCCAGUCUUCCUAUCCCAUCAUUCCUCUCUAAAAACAUACAUUUCAUCUGCCGUGGCAGGUGUUGGUCGUCUCUCACUGCCCAAACAACCAGAUUGGGUUCUUUUUCCACCCAGAUUUGACAUACAACCCUGUGUUUAGACUGCAAGGUCCUCAGAUGUAACAUCUUCACCAUACAGUCCUUCUACUUCAAGGUUCCAUACUCAAGAGGACUCUAUUUUCUCGUGCCCCAUUUCCUGUCUUAGCUUUAGUUCUGGUUUGAAGUGUAGACAGUGCUGACAAGCUGUGAUUUCCUUUCAACAAGUAAAACAGGUGAGAACACUUUGGCCUCAGGGCUCUGAAGUUCCAGGCUGCCUAAUGUCCAUGCUUGACAGCUGAGCCAGACCACCUCUACUGGUGAGACGUCUGGCAACAACACCUUACCUCCGUCUUCACGAGUGUUGUGACCAGGUUCACUCAGGCAUGUUUCAAAAUAGUCCUAGGAAAUGUUCUGACAAACGAAGGUGUCCUUGAGAGCAUCUGCCUCGUGUGUGCGCGUGUGUGCAUGUGCGUGUGCAUGUGCGUGUGCAUGUGCGUGUGGCCCUGCAUUGCAUCCUCAGCACCACUAAUAAGUGUCAAGAGAGGAUACCGAGAACUCAGGUUCCUUUUUACCAUAAGCCAGGUGAACUGCCAAUGACCUUAGGCCAACUGGAGAACCAGGUUAAACUUCAUGGUAGCUCAUUGUGCUUAUUAGCACCGCCCCCAAGAGGACAAAAGAGGAACCACAGGCUUAGACACCUGUCAUGACACACACCUGUGCAGAAGAGUGGGCAGCAAACAAGGAUGGAACAAAGCCUUCGUCUUCGAGGGCUCAACUGGAACAGAGGCACGCACCACAUCCAACAGACCCAAAGCUCAGCAGUGUACACGCUUCACCUGCUGCCAGCAGCAGCCGACACUGCAGUGUGAUGUGGUUCUUAACUGCAUGGUUGUGAAUCCUGACAAACCUGUGUCUCAACACAAUCGCCAUGUUCUUUAGAAGUCUCCCCGAAAAAUCUAUUUCAAAUUUCACCAGAAUCUAAAUGCUUAAUAAACUCAUGUUUCGGAACUUU